GUGAACCAUUAGUUUGGUCUUAGUGGUAAAACCCAACGGAAAAUUCUUCAGUUAUCCGAAAUGGUUCGAGUUGAAAUCGCUGCUUAUUUGUCUAUUUUCUAUCUAAUAGUUUGGCAUUCUCGUCUAUGUAUUUCCAACCGAAUGUACGACGUCAUUGUGACCAGGGUGGCUUGUGAGGACUACAACUCUAGCAUAGUUUACAAUGUUUCCUGUACGACUCGCAACCUAAACCGAACCACCAAGGCACACAGUUUAUCAGGAUAUAUUCUCCCGAAUAUUUCACUGAAUGAAAUUUUCGUCAGAAUAACCUUCCAUCAGAGGAUCAACACAGGUUAUCGACGUUUAAUAAUAGAUUCAGAAGAAAAUUUCUGCGCUUUUCGAAAUGGAACUUCAAAAAGCUUAGUAAUGAGUAUAAUGUGGCCUUUCUUGAAGGCUCACAGUAAUCUGGAUCAUAAAUGUCCCUUCUCGGGGUUCAUCUAUGUGAGCAACUUUAUUAUCAGGUUCGACCAUUUUCCCCCUGCUUUACCGGAGGGAGAAGGAAAAGUUACGGUACACCUGCGAAAUGGUCCACAACGAGCAUCUUUAAUUAAGGUUGCAGUAUAUGCUGAAAUAAAGCCAAAAGGCGCCGCAACUUUGAACUUCUGA